GAUGAUGUUGAUGUCGUCAGCGGAAGUCCGGUUCACCUCGCGCCAGGGCGGGAAGAGAAGCUCUUGUUGUGUUAGCAAACGAGCAGAAGAUUCCGUCCAAACUAGCUGUUUCCUGAAGCUAAAGUAGCAUUGAGUCUUGUUAGACAUUCUCACGUUGGCAGCGAAAUCAUCUGAUUUUCUGAAACUCCGGAAGAGUCAUGCAGACCUUUUUCAACAGAGCAAGUGUCCAGACGAGCAGACCUCAGAAAGACAAGGCAGCAGAGAAGAGCGCUAAGGCUGUCCCCUGGGUGGAAAAAUACAGACCAAAGUGCGUUGAUGAGGUGGCAUUCCAGGAGGAGGUUGUUGCAGUGCUGAAGAAGUCUUUAGAGGGAGCAGACCUCCCGAACCUGCUCUUCUACGGUCCUCCUGGAACAGGAAAGACGUCCACCAUCUUGGCUGCUGCCAGAGAACUUUAUGGCCCAGAGCUGUACCGACAGAGGGUUCUGGAGCUCAACGCCUCGGACGAGCGAGGUAUCCAGGUCAUCAGAGAAAAGGUCAAGAACUUUGCUCAUCUCACUGUGUCUGGGAGCCGAUCAGAUGGGAAGCCAUGUCCUCCUUUCAAGAUCAUCAUCCUGGAUGAGGCUGACUCCAUGACUGCUCCAGCUCAGGCUGCUCUCAGACGGACCAUGGAGAAGGAGUCUCGCACCACUCGCUUCUGCCUCAUCUGUAACUAUAUAAGCAGGAUUAUUGAACCUCUCACCUCCAGAUGUUCCAAGUUUCGUUUUAAACCACUGGCCAAUCAGAUCCAAGAGAAGCGCCUACUGGAGAUUUGUGAAAAAGAGAAUCUCAAGUACACCAGCGAGAGUAUAAAAGCUUUGGUGCAGUUAUCUGAAGGAGACCUCCGGAAGGCCAUCACCUUUCUCCAGAGUGCUGCACGUCUCAGCGCCAACAAGGAAAUCACCGAUGGUGCCAUCACUGAGAUUGCAGGGGUCGUCCCGUCCAAGAUGAUCGACAACUUGAUCCAGAUUUGUUUAAAGGGAACAUUUGAGAGGUUGGAAGUUGCCGUCAGGAACAUGGUGGAUGAAGGCUAUGCAGCCACACAGAUCCUGAACCAGCUCCAUGAAGCCAUCUUGGAGCAGGACAUUAAUGACAAGCAAAAGUCGGCUAUCAUGGAGAAGAUGGCGGUCGUAGGGAAGUGCCUGGCAGAUGGAGCAGACGAGUACCUGCAGUUGUUGAGUCUGUGUUCAGUCAUCAUGCAGCAGGCUUCUCAAAGCUAAAGCCCCCCCACCCCCGCCUGAACCAGCAUCUGCCUUUCUAGGAUGUUGUUGAUAGUUACCAUCUACCACCCCCACCUCCCUCAUAGAAGUCUUGCCUGAGAAAACAUCAUAUUGUUGAACUAUUUGUGUAUUUUUUCUAAGUAAUAAAUGGAUUUUGUAAUCUUU